CUUGCAGACAUACCUAGGCUAGGGUAAAAAACCGUAGGUCAUCAGCUUGGGCAAUCCCAAAAAGAGUACAUUAGCUAUAAUGCGUCCUGACAUCGGAGAUGGGCAUCAGACGCGACUUGUUGUUGGUGAGAAACGGAGCUAAAGACCUCUACUCUCCUUUUGAAACCCUGACUGGCAAAGAGAUUGAGAUUGACAUUGAGCCUACAGAUAAAGUUGAAAGAAUCAAGGAAAGAGUAGAAGAGAAGGAAGGCAUCCCUCCUCCACAGCAAAGACUUAUUUUUUCUGGAAAGCAGAUGAAUGAUGAAAAAACUGCUGCUGACUAUAAGGUUCAAGGUGGGUCUGUGCUCCAUCUGGUUCUGGCAUUACGAGGAGGAUGUGCGAAUGUUUUAGGAGUGUACAUUUAAAUCUGUGAAACUGUUCAUAUGUUGCUGCUUUGCUUAAUUAUAUUCCUCAUUUAAUUGAUAUAUUGAAAUUAUGAAAUUAUAUUGACCGGUAUGGCUAGUAUUCAGUUCAAUCAAAUUUUAUUCAGGUGAAAUUCUGUAAGAAAGUACUGUGUAUGGUAGAGCUCUUGCUGUAAGGAACAUGUAAAAGCAGGCUUGCUCUCUUAAUCUCAGUAUUCUAAAUUGUACCCUCAGGCUCUGUAUUAAAAUGCACAUGUACUAAAUGCUUUCCAUCACAGCAUUCUUAUAUAAUGGGAUGUAUUAGGUGACUGCUUGAUAUGAGAUAGGUACUUGAAGAGAUAUGUAGAAAUGAAAAUUUACACUCACCGCUCGUUUAAAAGAACAGAAGCUACAUUUUAAAGUAAUGCUGUCCUUAGACUUGCUUAUUUUAAAUGCAUGAGAAUUGCUUUUGCUGAGAAAAUACAACCUGAUGAGGUUUUGUGACUAUUACCUUUUACUUGAUUUAUGAUCUGGAUGGCCUCAGAUCAUGAAGUUAUACUCAAGUUUCUCCACCCUAGGAUGAAACUACUCUACUCACUUUGUGUGCGUCGCAGUGCACUGCAACUUAUGAUCAUGUCAUCACCAUCAGAAUUUAUUAUAAAUAAUAAUCACAGUGUUUGAAUAUUAUCAUUACCUGAUGUUGGUGUAAUAUCUGUUUUCUUGCUUUUUAUGAAAUUUGAUGUGACUUAGUUUUUUGUUUUAAAAUGUGAGAGGUAGGAAAGUCCUAUCACUUCAGUUGUGGUUUUCAUAUGCAAGAAUAUUACAUAAACUUUGUAUUGUUUUCAGCUAAAGUAUCAAUGCUAUCUAACUUGACUGUCAAGUAUCAUGUUGCUUAAUGUUUUGCAACAUCAGUGGAGCACAGGAGACUUUAAUGAAGUUCUUUUUUUAUAUUGUCUUGAUUUGUUUUAAGUUGUUUCUUCAUCAGAGAGGUUUUAUUGUUAAGUGCUCAGUUUGUAAUGCUGUUUUGGAAAUCCUUUAAAGAUUAGAAUUAAUAAUAUCCCAUCAAUCAUAUUUAUGUUGUAAUGUGAUAAGUGACAAAUAAAAUUGUUUUUUGUA